AUGGCCGUCUUUACAAACGAGGUCGUGGGAAAACUCGUUAAUUUGUGGGAAGAAGAGGAAAGUCUCUGGAAUGUAUCUAGCGAGGCAUGUCAUAAGAAAGAAUCUAGGAACAUUUCCCUUUCUAGAAUAAAAGAAAAUCUUAAAAAAGACAUGAAGAUGGAUUUUACAGUCACUCAAAUUAAUUGCAAGCUGCAGAGCCUGAGAUGUUACUAUGCCAACGAAUUAAAGAAAAUGAGGUCAAGCAAAAAAAGUGGAUCUGGAAUUAGUGAUCUAUACACGUCAAAGUGGCCAUUUUUUGCAACCUUGGACAGCUUCCUAAGAGAACAAAUCACUCCAAGACAAUCAAUGAGCACAUUGGAUAUCAGUAAUACCUCCCAAAACAAUGAUGAAGAUGAUGAAAAAAAUGAUGACAAAGAACUAGAAACUCCGACUAAAAGAAAGAAGAAACGAAACCUGCCCGAGGAAGUCAUGGAGAGGGCUGUUUCUGCUUUGUCAAGCAUUCAAGAGCGAAAAACAGAUGUUGAGGAUGAGGACUCUGUAUUUGCAAAACUUAUUGCGAAUGAGCUCAGGAAAAUUAAAGAUCUCAGAAAAAAAUCUUUGUUGAAAAUAAAAAUUCAACAGUUAAUUUUUGAUACACAAUUCAGCAAUGUUACUUCUUCAAAUUUAGCUUCUUUAAAUUCUUUUAAUUCCUCUUCGGAUACAAAUACAAUGAAUCCAUUAACUCAGAUGACUUCAUUAAUGGCCACAGAAUUUGAUGAAUAA